GUGACACAAGUGCAGGUAAAUCUUCAAUGAUCAAUUUAAUACUAAAAACAGAUAUCCUGCCAGUGGGUGGGGAUGCGACGACCAAUGUAAUUUGCAAAAUAAUACAUUCAGAGCGAAAACAUAUCAAACUAUUCCAACGAGAUGGGACACUAUUUGAUGAAAUAACAGAAAAUGACAUUUAUAAAAACGAUGAACAGAACUCGAGUGAUGUCAUGGAAAGUUCUGGCAAUACCGAUGAAAAAAGUCCAGAGGAAGUUGCUGAGCUAGGUUUUCCUCCAAGUACAGAAGGAACAAGUACAAAUGAUGAUGUUACAAGAAAAGAUAGAUACAUUCUUUCUGUUUUAAAAAAUAUAUUUGAAAGUGCAUCAGAUUCAUCAACUGGCAUUGACAUUCGGUUUGUUGAGAUUUACUAUCCAAUAGAAAUAUUAAAGGGAAAUAUAACAAUUGUCGAUACCCCAGGAGUCGGAGAUUGUGUCAAACUCAACCAAAUCCUAGAAGAGUAUCUACCUUAUGCAGUGGCUUUUGUAUUCAUCUUGAAUCCGUCUGGUGGAGGUGGAAUGCAAAAAGACAGGAUACUUAAAGUCAUGAACAGCAUAAAUGCCCAGGAGAGAUCGAUGGUAUGCUUUGAACCUUCUGAUGUUAUUUUCAUAGUCAACAAAUGGGAUGCUGUUUAUGACAAAGAAGAAAGCGUCAUUGAACAAGAAUGGAAUAAGGUUGUUAAGAAGAUCAAGGAUUCCUGGCCAAGCGUUCAUUCUGACAACAUUAUAAAAAUGUCUACAAAACUGUUGAACUGUAAAACCGCACGUUAUGCAGAAAAUUUUUCAUGUUUUGAAACGACUCUACGUGUUCUUGUUGACAAGAACAUCAACAAAAGAAUAAAAGCUAACCACAGAUUUCUGAAAGCCAUGUUAAAUAAAGUUGAGAACUUUGUCAAUAUAAGAAUUGCUGCGACAAAUGGGCCUUUUCUCAAGUUAAAAACAAAAUUGGAGGGAUGCUUAGAGAGAUUGAAAGAACUUGAAAAACGGAGCAAGACUACUUUUGAAGAUUGCACAAAAAUGAUGGAUGCUGUGUUAAAAAAGCAUGGAAAAAAAUUGCUGGCGUUCAUUAGAUCAGAGGAGUUUAAAAAUCAGGUUCUAUAUGUCGAUUCAGAAUUGCAAACCACCCUACGAUUUAGGAUAGAUAUGGUUAUAAAAGAAAGAAUGAAGAAUGUCAUUUCAUUAUGGAUUGAAAGGAAUGAGUCGUGCAUCAAAAGUGAACUGGAUGAUAUUUUAUGUCACAAAUUUGAGGAAAUAUAUGGAGAACUACAAGAUGAAUUAGAAGAUUUUGGAUACACAUCAAACCGAAUCAAUAUCAGUGAAAUACUUAAAACAAUACUCUCUGGGGUUGUGGGAAUAGGAGCUGGCCUAAUAUCACUGGUUGUUUUGGCUCCUUUUGUCACUGCUGAAGUUUGUACUGCGGGUGCUGCAGUGGUCAUGAUACUUUCAUUCAAUAUUUCAAAGAAAUUUCUUGGAAAUCUUACUUUAACAAGAUCCGAAAUAAUAGAUAAUUCCUUUUCCACAAGAAGAAAUGAAAUCACACAAGAUAUGAUUUUACAAAUUUUAGACAAAGAAUUUGGUGCUCAAUUCCGACACAGUGCAGACGAGUUGUUUUGUCAAUUAAUUCCGCAAGAUAUAAAAAUGGCUGAAAGUUUGUUAAAAAAUGUCAAAAAAGACUAUAAUAGAGAUUUAAAGAAAAGAGCUGCCUUAAUUAAGUUGUCUUUUGAAAUUUUGAAAGUAAAAGAGAGGCUGCAAUGUUGCCAUUUUUUAGGUACAAUUGAGUGAAAGGAAACAUCGUACAAAACUAAUUUUGAUACAUAAACAGGUCAAGAAAGAAUUGUUUCAUACUUUGUGCUUAUCCUGCUUUUAGUAAAAGAAAUAAGUUAGCAUAGCAAGUAAACCGAAUAACUCUGAAUAUAUUACAUUAAACUAGUAACCUCAAAUACUUGUCUUUUUCUGUCUUUAUCCAUUGUGUCAUUAA